UGAUCAUCCAGCACCUUGAAUACAUCUCAACUACAGCCAAUCAUUACAAUACUGUAUCCACCCUCUCAACACCAUGGCAUUGUUUACUCCGAGGCGAGAAGACGUUUACAGCGUUCGUGCUAUCCUCAUGUCAUUCAGGCUACCGAACGAACUGGUCCUGGACAUCCUCGAUCAGGCCCGCUAUUGGACCGAGGCCUCAUACUCCGUCACUGACCAUAGAGCCCUUCUGGACGAAGCAUGGACGUUAGACUACUCCGCUGCGUCUGCUUACCUCGUGGCGCCUGCGUUUCAUUACGAAAUCAUAAGAUUAAAAUCAGGACCAAAACCAGAAUCAUCAAAGAUUCGAGAAAUCGAAUUUACAAUCGUUAGUCACGACCAAGGUUGGACGACUGAAGACACAGCGGGUUCAUACAACUCUUCGUCGUGGUUCGAAAUUUCUAUCCUUCGCUCAAGCUAUCCAACUUAUCUCAGAACUCCACCAGAACCUGCGAAAAGCAACAUCUACACUGCGUUUUAUCAAUAUCGUCGAAGCAACUCGAUUAACUUGGUGCGACGUCCCUCUGCGGACAUUGAACCCCAACGCUUGCAUUGUCCUGAGAUGACCAAAAUUACAUGCCCAGCGGAAGAGGAUAUCUACGACGAGUCUUUGGAGGACAGAAACGAGGGAGAGCAUGCUUGGUAUUUGCAAAGCAAUAAAGUUGCCAAAGGAGUUUCUGUAUUUGAGGGUGAGAUGAUCAAACGGUAUCAUAUCGUUUGGGGUUGCAAAGCUAAUCCAGUCUGGACUGGCAAUGAAGGCACAGGGCGCGGCGCAGAUUUCCUUGACACGCUAAAGCAGCACGACUGGAUCUGUGUUUGGGCCCGGGCAAAGAGAAGAGGUUGGGAGAACCACGUUCACGGAGUCCGUGUCACAAUGCGUUAUACCAUCUAAUCCCUCCGGGGACACCAACCCUUCCCAACCUACGCUGUCGUUCGCAAAGAUUCUAUGAAAUAUAUUAC